CACUGCUCACUCCUGCCCCUGCAGUGGGAGCACACAGAGCUCCACACGCCGUGGACAGAGGGCCAGAAGCCACCUGCUCGCUCACCCUGCUCCAGGCUGGAAGUCCAGAGCCAGUAGCAGCCCCAGGCUCCAGGCAGAGGGGCCUGACUGGGCUGCAGGAGCCAUGGAGAGCUUCGCAGAGGCCCUGAACCGGCUGAAGGACGUCCACGACAAGGAAGUCCUGGGCCUACAGAGCAAGCUCGCGGAGCUGAACGCAGAGAGGUGCCGGGAUGCCCAGCGAGUCGAGGAGCUCUUUGCCAAGAACCAGCAACUCCGGGAACAGCAAAGGCUGCUGAAGGAGAACCUGCAGGUGCUGGAGAACAGGCUGCGGGCAGGACUGUGUGACCGCUGCGUGGUGACGCAGGAGCUGGCCAGAAAGAAGCAGCUGGAGAUGGAGACCUCCCACCUGCAGGGCCUGCAGCAUCUCUUCCUCCUCACCAACGAGAUGAAGGCCCUCAAGCAGGAGAACCAGGCCCUGAAGGCGGCCAUGAGGCGGCUCUGCGGCCUGACUGCCAGGCCCAAGCCAACGCCCCAGGAGGCCAGCCCGGACCCCCCUUCCCCGCUGCUGCUUCCAUCCCCGGGGGACUGGAAAGCUGGCCCCAAGAAGCCUCCCGGAGGUCACAGGGAGGCUGAGGAAGAGCCCCCGGGCGUGGACGCACAAGAAGGUGCUGGGGAGGUGGACGGGAGAAGUGGUGGCCACGGCUGAACACCCACGAGCAAGGCCUCACCAGGCACCCACCUGCCCGAGCCUCGGGCCCCAGACAUGAGCCCGCACUGCAUCUCCAACCAGCUGCAUGGGACCAUUGCCACCGUGCGGCCUGGGGCCCGUACCUGCCCCAACGACCAUAGUUCUGCUGACCUCACGUCCCCGCCAAGCCCAGCCAGGGAGCAAAGCCUCCUGCAGCAGCCCUCUGCUCUGAAGCGCUCCCUCCAGGCCGAUCAUCUCUGCCUCCUGAGCCACCACCUGUGUUUGCAGACCCCAUCCGGGCCCCUGGCGGCCAUCACCACCCCAGGGGGCUCACAGCCCCAGGACCUGAAGGCCGCGGGGGCGGAGGCCUGGGAGGAGCCCACAGGCGUCCUGGGGCUGCCUGGCACCUUGGCGGGCAUGCAGGACCCCAGGUUAGAGGGGGCACUGCACCUGCUCCUGGCCCAGCAACAGCUACGUGCCCAGGUGGGCAGCGCCAGGCUGCAGAGCCCAGCCCUGCCACGGCAGACUCCGACUUCCUCACCUCUUGGCUUGGACUCCAGGGGUCCCAAGAGCGAGGGGGUCCUUCCCAGGGGGCGGCAGUCACAGCCCAGAGGUCCAGGCAGCCCUAGGAAGGAGGCCGCCCUGCAGGACUGUGGUCCAGACAAGCCCCUGGACCUCUCAGACCGAGGCCGGAGCGGCCAGCAGUCCUCCAGGUGGCCCAGUCCCGAGCCGCUGCCAGGGGCAGACGCGCACAGCCCAGGAGCACUCAGCAGUGGUCUCGGGGACUGGGUCCCUGCCAUGGCACCGAAGCUGGAGCAGCCCCCACCACCUGCAGCUCUUGUGCACCCUUUGCCCGGGCCGCUGCACAGCCCCCUCUCUCUAGACGGGCUUGAGGACGAGGCCGGGCCAAGGCCAGCCCCCCACCUGCAGAGGCCUAGCACCAAUGCCCACCCAGGCUCAGGGAACCCCAGGACCACCGAGCUGGCUGACCCAGCCCCAUGUCCCUUGGGACCCAGCCAGGCUGGCACACAGCAGACAGAACCAGAGGAACUGGACGAGUCUGGCACCUCAGACAGUGAGGUGGGGCUGAGCGCCCAGGUGGAGGCUGAGUCGAGUGUGCCCGGGGAGGGGCCCGGGUGCGUGUGCUCCCAGAAGCAGCGGGCUCUGUCACAGAAGCGAAAAGCAGCCUGCGAACUGGAGGAGAGAGCCCGCGAGAAGCUGACCCCAGGGAGAAAGAAACCGACCGGGUUCCCGGCAGCGGCUGAUGUGGCGGGAAGCCCAAGGGACAAGGAGCCCAGCCACCCCACCAGCGACUGUGAGGAAACCUAG